CAAAGGCGCUGCUCGAAUUAAGUAGUGUGGAGGAUGAACAUCAGCUGUUACGAUCACAAUAAUAAACAUGGAAGAAGAUACAGAAUGUGCCGCAGCAGAUUGGCAACUUCCUUUGGCAUUUUCGAAAAGUCGUCACUCAGAAGUUAUCGAAGGUGCUACAGCUAUCACACAGACAUGGAGAAUGAAAGAAAGGAUGAAAACAGUGAGUGUUGCUCUGGUUCUAUGUCUCAAUGUUGGUGUGGAUCCUCCAGAUAUUGUGAAAACUCAACCCUGUGCUCGCUUGGAGUGCUGGAUAGAUCCAUCAUCAUUCAGCCCGGCCAAGGCUUUAGAAACUAUUGGAGCAAAUAUGCAAAAACAGUAUGAGAGAUGGCAGCCACGUGCCAGAUACAAACAAAGUUUAGACCCUACAGCAGAGGAGGUGAAAAAAUUAUGCACCUCUCUUAGAAGAAAUGCAAAGGAAGAACGGGUCUUGUUCCAUUAUAAUGGACAUGGUGUUCCCAAACCCACAGCUAACGGAGAGAUUUGGGUUUUUAAUAAAUCCUACACUCAGUACAUUCCUCUAUCAGUAUACGAUCUUCAAACCUGGAUGGGCGCCCCUAGUAUAUAUGUCUAUGAUUGCUCAAAUGCAGGUAUCAUUGUUGACUCUUUCAAAGGCUUUGCUGAACAGCAUGAAAGGGAAUACGAAGUUAGCGGAACAAGAGGUUCAGGGUCUGCACCUUGCUUCAAGAACUGUAUUCAGUUGGCAGCAUGUUCUGCAUCCCAAAUUCUCCCUAUGAAUCCUGAUCUUCCAGCAGACAUCUUUACUUCUUGUCUGACAACUCCUAUGAAAAUUGCCAUAAGAUGGUUUGUGUUGCAGAACUCAGCUAGGCUGGUCCCAAAAGUCAACCUAGAUCUAAUUGAUAAGAUCCCCGGCCAACUGAAUGAUCGAAGGACAAUGUUAGGAGAAUUGAAUUGGAUUUUUACGGCCAUUACGGACACUAUAGCUUGGAACACUUUACCUAGAGAUUUGUUUCAGAAGCUUUUUCGACAGGACUUAUUAGUAGCAUCUCUAUUUAGAAAUUUCCUUCUUGCUGAACGCAUAUUGCGUUCUUAUGACUGUACACCAGUGUCUUCACCAAGACUUCCUCAUACCCAUCAACAUCCAAUGUGGCAUGCGUGGGACUUAGCAUUAGAUUUAUGCCUAGCUCAGCUCCCAGGUGUUCUAGAGCAGGAUCGUCCAUUUCAACAUUCAGCCUUUUUCCAAGAGCAGCUAACAGCAUUUCAAGUCUGGCUUCACCUUGGCUCUGAAAUACGUGCACCACCUGAACAACUACCUGUAGUACUCCAGGUAUUACUUUCUCAAGUGCAUCGGUUAAGAGCAUUGGAAUUGCUGGGUAGAUUCCUUGAUCUUGGGCCUUGGGCAGUAAAUCUAGCUCUUUCAGUCGGUAUAUUUCCAUAUGUCCUAAAAUUGCUGCAAUCAUCUGCUCGUGAGCUCCGCCCUUUGCUAGUCUUUAUUUGGGCCAAAAUUUUGGCAGUUGAUAGUACAUGUCAAGCUGACCUUGUUCGUGAUAAUGGACACAAAUAUUUCCUCUCAGUUCUUCAGGACCUCUCUAUGCCGAGUGAACAUAGGACACUUGCAGCAUUUGUUUUAGCAAGUGUAGUGAAUAAUUACCCUCAGGGCCAGGAGGUGGCUCUCCAAGGAAGUUUAGUCUCCAUCUGUCUUGUGCAACUGUCUGACCCAUCACCUUUAUUACGUCAGUGGCUUGCUAUAUGCCUGGGUCGUUUGUGGACUAACUAUGCACCUGCACGGUGGUGUGGUGUUAGAGAUAUAGCACAUGAGAAACUAUACAAUCUCUUAUCUGACCCUGUUCCUGAAGUUCGAACUGCAGCAGUUUAUGCCUUGGGAACUUUUAUUAGCUCUGUGGUUGAGCGAAGUGAGCAUGCAAAUACAAUUGAUCAUAGUGUGGCAAUGAAGUUAUUAAACACUACUAUGUAUGAUAUGAGCCCUCUUGUCAGAAAGGAGCUGAUAAUUGCACUGCAAGCCAUGGUUAAUCUGUUUGAGAAAUCUUUCAUAUCUGUAGCUCUGCAAGAAAGUGGCCAAGUAAAGGAUGGUUCAGCAAUGAUGCUUGUAUCUGUUGCAACUGAUGUGCUGUUGUCUCCUGCGGCUGGUCUAAAAAGAAUACCUUCUAGAGAUCGCCUUAAGAUGUUAUCACCUACUCCAGUCCUGCUAGAUGGUGGUUCGGGAGAAGGCAACAAUGAGCGUAUCAAAAGAGUUUCCAGUUCAAGCUCCCUUUACAGCAUGGGCGGUUUAGGCUGCAAUAUAUCUUUGACUUUGCUCCAGUACAUGCUAGGACCGGGGAGUAUGGCCAAUUUACCUAGUGCAGCAUUUGGCAGCAUCUACCAGAAACUGUGGGCUGGCCUCACAGCUUUGGAACAAGAUCCUUAUCCUGGUGCUAAUCAAAUGGCAAAGCUUGUUAUAGAGUAUGUUAGAGAACAAGUUAAUAGUGUUCGUCAUAAAGAGGUGGGUGAGACCAGGAUAUCAUCAUCUGUGUCUCUUCCUCCUUCACCAUCUAGUCGGCCAACAUUUUUGACUGGAGAGUCUCCUCCGACAAGCGGAUCAACAACCGAUCUGCACCGCAUUGCCUCUAGGCCAACCUAUUCUUUUGGACGUCCCAGGAAGACUGUACCUAACACUAUCUCUGAAGAAUCAGAUGAAUGCAGUUGGACAAGGAAAUUACAUAUCAACACCAACUUUGUUGAGUGGAGUUGUAAAUACUUUGCUCAACCUAUUAUGAGAUUGAUAGAAGAUACUGAUGCUGAAAGUGACAAAUUUUAUGAAAGAGAAUGGAGGUAUCUUAGGAAUGCCAAUAUGAGGGCCGAGGCAAAAGAAGAGCAGAGAAAACUACCAUUGCCACGAAUAGAAGAAAAGGUGUUCAGUUUACGAUUUAAUAAUGUUCCCAAUGUGUUGUUAUUUCAACCAUAUGAACCCAUUAUUGUCAUUGCUGGUAAAGAUUCAGUUGGACUAUGGGAUUAUUACACAAAUACAAGACUGGCAUUCUUACCAAAUACUAGUAUCAAAGGGACAAAAACUCCAGUAAAAAUUACUGCAUUGGACCUCAUAAAUCCACAUGAUGUGUCGCUUUUGCUAGUUGGUGCUGAUGAUGGAUCUAUUCGCCUUUGGAACCAUCAGUCUGCAUUGCAUGGCGUUGCAUCAUCAACAGGUGGACUCAGUCUUGUUUCUGCCUGGCAAGCCUUAGCUGAAGCACAACCAACAGCAAGAGCACUGAACGGAGUGUCGGAACAUGGAGGGAGAUCUUCUUCUGGCUUAGUUGUAAGCUGGGAACAACAAACACUUAACAUGGUUGUUUCUGGAGAUGUCCGUGUUGUAAGACUCUGGGAUGCCAAUCAAGAAUUACGAGUUAGAGAUAUACCAACUGAAUGUGACAGCUGUGUGACAAGUCUAUCAUCUGAUGGCCAACUUAUAGUGGCAGGAUGUGGAGACGGUUCUAUUCGUGUAUUUGAUCGAAGAUUGAGCCAAAGUGAUGCACGUGUGCUUACAUGGCGGGAACACAAUGCUUGGGUAGUUAAUUGUGCUCUUAGAAAUAACACAAUUAUCAGUGGAAGUGUCAUGGGAGAUGUUCGUUUCUUUGAUCUGAGGCAGAAUUCUUCACCAUCUGUAAUUCAUACUUCGCAAGAAAUGACUGCCAUGGCCAUCCACAAGCAAGCCAAUGUUUUCUCUUGCGGCUCCCUAAACCAGCUGUCAAUGUACACCCUAAAGGGUCAUCACAUAAAUACCAUCAAGCACCAUGAAGGAUUUCUGGCGGGUCGCAUUGAACCUGUUUCGUGCCUUGCGUUUCAUCCUCAGCGUGCUGGAUUGGCUACAGGCUCUGUUGAUGCUUCGGUCUCGAUUUAUUCUGUUGAUUCAAAGAGAUGACAUACACAUUUGGCAGCUUUCUAGCUGUCACCAGCACUUGCUGUAAAUAAAGUGCAUAUGUCCCUCUUUAAGGGUCCUCUCUUAUAACUUCAACUCAUUUCAGCUUGAGGAUUUGGAUUAAAACGGAUGUCUGCAAACAAUCUGUGAUGAUAUUUUGUUGUUUUUGUGAUUUGUUAUGAGAAGGGAUCACAUGUUACGGCGAAUGUCCGGCGGUUGAGAAUCUCGAAAUUCUCCGGCCAAAGUCUGAAUCGCCUGAGAAUCGCUGUCGAAUUUACGUCGUUCGCCGGCUACCGGGCAUUCGCCAUAACACAUACACGUAAGAAGUGUAAAAAGCAUUAUUUGUAUUUAGAAGCAAGGAAACAUGUCUUUGUUUGUUAAAAUUUGUUUAUAAGGGCUGAUAGCUCUUUCAUGAUACUUACUAUGUACACUAUAAAAUGUGAUGUUGAUGUAUGUUGUAAAAUUUUGUACAUUUUGUCUGUAUUCCUGUACAGAGAUUGUAAUUGUUUUUCAUAUUGCAACUUUAAUCAAUAGAAUACUUAAUGGAUAAUAGCCAGUGGUUAAUUUUUGCAAGCGGUUUAGUGAGGGAAAACUAGAUGUAGGGAACAUUUUUAUCUGCCCUUUUCAAGGAUAUGUAAGAUGUUCUGUUAUGUUAUAUAAUUGUAUGAUGGGUCCUCUUGUACAGUGUUAACUAUGACAGUUCCUUGAAAAUCGAUGACAACUUAUGCAUUAUGCAUUAUUUUUAUGACAAUUAUAUUUUAUGAAAUGUGCUAUGUACAUUAAAUAUGUUUUAUACAUAUACCAUAUUUUUUGAUGAAUAGAACAAAAACUUUGUUGUGUCAUACUGUUAGGGUUAUCAUGGAGUUCUUACAUUUUUAAGGAUAGUUGUGAUGUCCCAUAAUGUAACACCUGCUUGCCAUUAGAACACUAAUAUUGCGUGCCACAUUUACUAUAAGCCACUGGAAAGGCAAGCAGUGUCGUGAUUGGCUGUGGUUCUGCUAUACUUGCAUUUAGUUAGUGCCUUUGUCAUCAAUAUGGAUUGUAACUUGCCUUUUAUUUUUAAUUGUUUACCUUCUAUUGAUGUGAUUUAUUUAAAUUUGAACAUUGGAAAAUUUAGAAAAAUAUGGCAUGAAAAGUUUGGUUAAUGCUUCCAAGAAGUAUGUACUGUGCAGAUUUUGGUCUGUGCCCAUCUGAAAUUGUUUGGUGACAUGUCCUUGUUUAUGAAACAGGCAUAUUCCUUUAUUCUUAUUCGGAGAUAAAAACAUCUUGUUUGAGUGUUGAUUCAUUUUUUUUUUUGGAGUCAUAACUUUAUUUUACUAUCGUGCCUGGUGUGAUUUAUUUUAUUUUCAUUUAAAAGUAGUUGAGGAGCCAUGGUAUAGUGAUGUUUUUUUUCUAUUUUUUCUUUUACAGUAGUUUAAGCAAGGGCUUUUAAACAUUAAUUCUCUUUUGAUUUUUCAGUUUAUGAAUAUAUAUACUGGCGUAUCAUGCUUGAAAUAUUGUAUCAAACCACACCAACCAAGUUAUUUUGGCUGGUUCAAUGUUGAUUCCUCACAAACUUAGAACUUGGGAUAGGUUUUUUUCAAAUUGCAUAGUGUUGUUCUAGUCUCAUACAUAAUCAUCAUACAUCACUAAUGAGGGUUUGCUAAUGACAGACCAUCAAACUUGGGUGGUAGAGAAAAUAUCUAUCUAAAAUAUUUCUUCAUGCCAACAUGUGCCUUCAGUUUGAUUAUACUAUACUUGAAUGUCAUAAUUGAGAAUCAGAUGCAGUUCCUUAAAUUGCAGAAACUGAUAUUGUUUUGUAUGUACUUAGUCAUGCCCGGAAGCCUACACAGGUGAAGCUUGAAUGUCAUAUUGCUGGCCUGGAAGGUUGAUGUAGUUGCAGUAAUUAGAGACUAAGUAGAAUUAUUUUAAGGCUAGAACUUUGGCAGCUAUGUUAUCAAUUGUGUCUGGAAUGUCAAUUUCAAGCUAUGGUUUACUUCAGUUUUCAUUACUGAUAAAGAUGGGGAAGUCCUAGUCUUUCUGUUUAACAGUUUUUGAAUCAUUUCGUGUUAAGAUUGAGUCAUCAGGUACAAUAUGGAUUUAGAUUUUAUUUGUGCUCCUCUGAGAUAGUUUUCAUAAAUCAAAAUUUGAAUUCUGA